CUUAUCCAUAUCAUAUGUUGCCUCCCCCACUUUAUCCUUACCUCAUUUUUCUAAGGAUGAAUAAUAUCCUGAGGGGCUGUAUCCUUGCAAAAGGGUUUGGUUUAUGAUAAUAAUAACCUGAGAAAUCUUAUAUAUCCAGACCAGUGCUGAAGUCUUAAACAAUCGGUUUAUUAGGAUGUUACCUUUACCACAUCAUGCAUUUACCUCCGUCAGAUCGUUUUGAUCAUGAUUUAUACGCCCCAAUGAACCUCUCUAUCCCAUCGCAAUUCAGUAUUACGUCAGUUCGUCGAAAUGAAAUCAAUCAAAAUUCUUCAGUCGUCCUAGCAGACUCUAGCGACCACGGCUCUUUACCAGGUGGAUACGUACCGUCAUUAGACUCGAGACGACUCCGUGUUCAGCACAGGACUGAGGGCUAUCGCGAUGGCAUUACUAUUGGAAAGGCUCAAAGUAUCCAGGCUGGUUUCGACGAAGGUUUUGAUAUUGGUGCCAACAUUGGACAAGCCGCGGGUCGGAUCCUUGGACUACUUGAGGGAGUGGUCGCCGCUUUAAAAGACAAUCGCCAUUGCCCCUUGGAACGCACCAUAGGGCUUCUCUCGGAUGCGGCGGGAGACCUCAGCGCCAAUUCUCUAUUCUCCGCUCAGUACUGGACGUCCGACGGUGUCUGGACUUUUCCGGUGAAGGGAUCUAGCGAUGAUGGCGACGCGUCCUCGCAGGACGUUGCUAAUCAGCAUCCCCUUAUUAUGAAGUGGAAUGACCUUGUCAACUGCGAAGUUAUGCGAUGGGGUUUAAACAUCGAUCGUCUUCGCAUUAGCCUCGAUGGUAGUGCUACACAACCCGAAGUGGAGGAAUUACCAAUACAGAUUCAAGUCAUGUCACAAAAUCUUACCGAUUGGUGACGAUACGAUGUGAACGCUUGUCAACCGCAUUGGCAGGUAGAAUGAAUUCAAUAUCUGGUGUUUUGACCCUUCAAAUCUCAUCAGCCUUGUGAACUUCCCGAGUGUCCCUAUUUACCCUAGGACGGACGCAACCCGGAUAUUUUUGGGUACGGUUUACGGUGACCCUAAUACCCGAAUUGUUUACGGAGGGAUGAAAUAGCUCCUGUCCCUCUUCCGCCCGCCGCACUCUUUCAUCUCUAUUAAAUUCAGGGUUAUAUCUGGAUCGUCCAUGUUGUUUUCGUUG